AUGUUUGUCGCACCGGCCUGUAGCAUUAUUGGAAUAUGUGUUUGGCAGGAGAUUCAAGACGAUCCAUUCGAGACCCAACUGGCGACCAACGAUCUUCGGGCGGAAAGCGACCGCGCAUCGGCAAACGCUCAUCGCACUGCAAGCAGCAAGCCGUUGAUGACCAAGGACGGGGAAACCCAGCUCGCGAAAGACGAAGGGGAAAAGUCGAGUAAUGGAGGAGUCUUGGAGACAGCUACGCCAUCGAAUUCAACAGCAGAGCGCGAUGCGCAAACCGAAGAGAUGAGCACAAAGAACAAUCAAUCUCCACCUAAGGUUGCAGAUGGGACGCCUGCAAAUUCCAGCCCAAAGAAGCGUCGCAAACUUGUGUCUAUUGCCGACGAUCGGUGA